AUGCCAGAGACAGCAGAGGCGGUGUCAGCCACCCUGACCACCAACCGAAACUGCACGGUGGAGAUCACCAACAUCAGCGGCUCCUACUGCCUCAUCAACCCAAAGGUCCACAUGACGAGCGGGUUCUGUUUCCAUCCUCCCCAGCCCACCGUUCGCAGCACCAAAACCGAAGUCUGCUCCUUCACCAAAGACGACAACACCGCCACGGGGGCGGUGGGGGUGCUGACCUACGACCUCUUCCACAUGCAGAACCGGCUUUGCACGGAACGUCUGGCCCUGAUGUUCUCCGUUCCUUUCGACCGUAACCUCUACAAGAACUACCUGGCCUUGGGAAUCUUCGAGAACCAUCGCAGCUGCGACAAAGACCUCUACAACCACAUGUACGAAGGGAAAGACUUCACACAGUUUACCCGUGUAGAGGCAGGCGGCUCUGGAGUCACUUACAAGGGGACCCAUGUGGAUCUCAGAGCCACAAUGUCUGACAUGGGCAAAGCCAUCAUUAAACUGGAGAUCUAUGACAAAAUGGGUCACUGA